AUGAAAUGGCUAUGCAUCCACGGCACAGGGUCCUCUGCUACCAUCUUCCAGGACCAGCUGGCGGCCGUCACCGCCCACUUGCCGCCAUUAGAGCAUGCGUUUCAUUUCAUCGACGGCCCCUUCACGUCCAAAUCAGCCGCCGGCCUGGAUCUCCGCUACCCAGACGGCCCCUACUACACAUGGUGGCAAAAGGCAUCUGUGUCUGAUAUUCGGGCUGCCUGUCAAGAGUUCCAUAAAUAUCUCACCCAACACAACAAUGUCCCAUACGACGGAAUGGUAUGCUUUUCUCGAGGGUGCCUCCUGAUUGCCAGUUAUAUUUGGUUCCACCAGAUAGAAAAACCGACCGAGCCAUUGCCUUUCAAAGCCGUCGUAUUUAUUUGCGGCGGACCAGUCUUGUCGGUGUUAGAAACGCUGGGAAUGACAAUUUCCGACGAAGCUCGCGAGUGGGAUAAACGGACCAAGCUAGCUCUGCGUGAACGAGCAUCCAAGGAAGCGAUCCUGAAAUGGGGAAGAGAUAGAUGGACCACUCCCGGGGGAAAUGGUGAUGCUGACCUCCAUUUGAAUCCGUCGGCCCCAAUUGACCCCUCGGACAUAUUCGGACUGGAUACUGUCCAGAUGCCCGAGCAGCUGCGGAUAAAAAUUCCAACGCUCCAUGUCUAUGGGCGAGUUGAUCCUCGGUUGCCCGCUUCACUGCAAUUAGCUUAUUUAUCUGAGUCUAUGAAACGAUUGACAUAUCAACAUGAGGGAGGACAUAGUAUUCCACGGAGCGCUGCGGCAACCGAGGGCAUUGCACGUUUGAUAGAUGAAUGUGCUCAGAUGGUGGCGGGAGUGGAUAUACAAUGA